AUGGCUGGUGGUAAGAAGAAGAAGGAAGUGAAGAAGGAGACCGGCUUGGGGCUCUCUUUUAAGAAGGAUGAAAAUUUUGGAGAGUGGUAUUCAGAGGUGGUUGUCCAUGGUGAGAUGAUCGAGUACUACGAUAUUUCUGGCUGUUAUAUUUUGAGGCCAUGGUCUAUGGGUAUAUGGGAAAUCAUGCAAGUAUUCUUUGAUGCAGAGAUCAAGAAGAUGAAAAUAAAAAACUGCUAUUUCCCUCUUUUUGUAUCAUCUAGUGUUUUAGAAAAAGAGAAGGAUCACAUUGAGGGCUUUGCUCCUGAGGUUGCGUGGGUCACAAAAUCUGGGAAAUCUGACUUGGAAAUUCCAAUUGCCAUUCGUCCCACUAGUGAAACUGUGAUGUAUCCGUACUUCUCCAAGUGGAUAAGAGGACACCGUGAUCUGCCUCUGAAACUCAACCAGUGGUGUAAUGUUGUUCGUUGGGAGUUCAGCAAUCCUACUCCAUUUAUCAGGAGCCGUGAGUUCCUUUGGCAAGAAGGGCAUACUGCUUUUGCAACAAAGGAGGAAGCAGAUGAAGAGGUCCUUCAAGUAUUGGAGCUGUACAGACGCAUUUAUGAAGAAUUUUUGGCAAUCCCUGUCAUAAAGGGCAAAAAAAGUGAGAUGGAGAAGUUUGCUGGUGGGCUUUACACAACUAGUGUCGAGGCAUUUAUUCCUAACACUGGACGUGGUGUACAAGGUGCAACUUCACAUUGCUUAGGACAGAACUUUGCAAAAAUGUUUGAGAUUAACUUCGAAAAUGAGAAGGGUGAGAAGGGUAUGGUCUGGCAGAACUCUUGGGCUUACAGUACUCGGACGAUUGGAGUGAUGGUAAUGGUUCAUGGAGAUGAUAAAGGAUUGGUUCUGCCACCUAAAGUGGCAUCAGUUCAAGUUGUGGUGGUUCCUGUACCUUACAAGGAUGCUGAUACUCAAGGAAUUCUUGAUGCUUGUACUGCGACUGUGGAGACCUUGUCUGAGGCCGGUAUCCGUGCCGAGAGUGACCUUAGAGAUAAUUACUCGCCUGGAUGGAAGUACUCGCAAUGGGAAAUGAAGGGUGUUCCUCUUAGGAUUGAGAUAGGGCCAAAGGACCUGGCAAAUAAUCAGGUCCGUUGUGUUCGUCGUGACAAUGGUUCAAAAUCAGAUAUAAAGAGGGACAAUUUGGUUGAGCAAGUUAAGACCUUGCUGGAUAACAUUCAGCAGAGCCUGCUCGAUGCUGCUAAACAAAAGAGGGAUGCCUCUGUUCAAGUUGUGAAGACGUGGGAUGAAUUCAAAGAUGCUCUCGUCCAAAAGAAAAUGAUCUUAGCUCCUUGGUGUGAUGAGGAGGAAGUGGAAAAGGAUGUUAAAGAGCGGACAAGGGGCGAAAUGGGGGCAGCUAAGAGUCUUUGUUCCCCACUCGAGCAGCCAGAACUCCCUGAAGGGACUAUAUGCUUUGCCUCAGGUAAGCCGGCGAAGAAGUGGACUUAUUGGGGCAGGAGUUACUAG